AUGGCGGCUUUUUCUCCUUCGCACGUAUUUAUAAAUUGUAGUUUUCAUGGGAGAGAUUGUAAUGAGUGUGGCUUUUCUAGUCUAAGUGGAAGAAGUGAUUACGUUGCUCUUGUAGAUUGCAAUGAUGAUAUGACAAAUCAUUUAGCGGGAUGUCACUUAUCUAAGAGUGUUCUCCAGGAGCACGAAGUUAUACUUGCACGUGCCGGUAUUUUCAGGUGGACAGAGGGACAAGUAAAGGAAAUGGUGAUAUGCCCUAAACACAGAGACUGUUACGGGAAAUAUUGGCGUUCAGCAACGACGUGUCGAUAUCCAGUUCAUAAGGGAAAAUCUCAGGCAAUAAAACAAGGUCGUAACAUGCGUGUAAUCAACUUGGAGAUGGCCAUACAAACAAUGGAUAUGUAUGGAGUUACUGUUUCAAUUGGAUCUCGUGAGUUCUAG